GUACACGACACGUUCCAGGAGAACACCCCCGCGCAGACGUUGAAGGGCAUGUUCUCGAGGGCCCAGAUGAACAUGAAGUUGUACGAUGGAGACGCGAAGUGGGAUCUUAUCGCUGCAGACUUGGAGCGCGAUUCGCCGAGUUACGCAGGCCAGGGGAAGGCGAUGUGCGAUUUCAUCAGGAAUUGGGCAGGCGGCGCUGACGGGCAGUUCUUGGACGAGUUGUGA